CGUGCAUGUCGCUCUUUGGGAGGCCAGGAAAUCCAUAGAACAUUCUUGGUAUCUGCUUUUUCACCGUCCCUCGUUUCUGACAAGCCCCACCUCUUACGCAACACUGCUACCAGGAUAAAGGGUUGUUUGCUGUUCUAACCUGCCUUCACUUCUUUUUAUCUCUCUCCUUUUUAACAUCCGCUCUUUCUCUCCUCACGGAGUAAUUGACCUACGUCUGGUUUGCGCCUGCCACUAUCUUCGACCACCCCUUUCCCUGCCGAACUUCCUUGUUCACGAAUUUCUCGGCAGGACCUUGUUGAUCAGAGCUGAGCGUUGGGGUUUCAACAUCUCAACCAUUCAGGCUUACCACAUCUUUGUUUCGAUCCCCCUUCUUUACAUGCUUAGAACCGGGUGUGACCUUGUGAGCGCAGUAUAGCAGCUCCUGUGCAAUGGACAAUGCCUUUGCGAAACCUGCGGACCAGGUCCUAGCCAACUUCAAGGUUGAUGCUAGGACUGGGCUGCGUGACGACCAGAUCAUAUCUCUGCGUUCCAAAUAUGGGAAGAAUGUUAUCCCCGAAGAUCCUCCGACCCCUCUCUGGGAGCUCAUUCUAGAGCAAUUCAAAGACCAGCUGGUCAUAAUACUCUUGGGUUCUGCUGUUGUGUCCUUUGUGUUGGCUCUCUUUGAGGAAGAUGACGGCUGGAGCGCAUUCGUCGACCCUGCCGUGAUCUUGACCAUUCUGAUCCUCAAUGCCGUCGUCGGUGUCUCGCAAGAGAGCAGCGCCGAGAAAGCCAUCGCGGCACUCCAAGAAUAUUCGGCCAACGAGGCCAAUGUCCUACGAAAUGGUCUGGUCACUCGCAUCAAGGCGGAGGAGUUGGUUCCUGGCGAUAUCAUCAUUGUCAAUGUUGGUGACCGUGUGCCCGCCGACUGCCGCGUCAUCUCUAUCGAAAGCAACGCCUUUGCCGUGGACCAGGCAAUCCUUACGGGAGAGAGCGAGAGUGUCGGCAAGGACCAUACCGCCGUCCUCCAAGAUGAGAAGGCUGUGUUGCAAGACCAGAUCAACAUUCUGUUCUCGGGUACCACUGUGGUUGUCGGCCGCGCAAAAGCCGUCGUUGUCUUGACCGGCGCCGAUACGGCCAUUGGCGACAUUCACGAGAGCAUCACCGCCCAAAUCUCGGAGCCGACCCCCCUGAAGCAGAAGCUUAAUGAUUUCGGCGACAGUUUGGCCAAGGUCAUUACCGUCAUCUGCAUCCUGGUUUGGCUUAUCAACAUCCCUCACUUCAGCGAUCCGUCCCAUGGCAGCUGGACGAAGGGUGCCAUUUACUACCUCAAGAUUGCCGUAUCUCUUGGCGUCGCCGCUAUUCCCGAAGGCUUGGCCGUGGUUAUCACGACGUGCCUGGCCCUGGGAACUCGCAAAAUGGCCACCAAGAACGCCGUUGUGCGAAGUCUUCCGUCCGUCGAAACCCUCGGCAGCUGUAGUGUCAUUUGUUCCGACAAGACCGGUACCUUGACCACCAAUCAAAUGAGUGUCAGCAGAGCUGUCUAUAUCAACGACGCCGGAACCGGUCUCGUGGAGCUCGAGGUUGAGGGAACAACUUUCUGUCCGAGGGGUGCGAUCCAGCUCAACGGCCAGAAGGUAGUUGAGCUGCCCCGCACCUCGUCCACCGUUCGCCAGAUGACCGAAGUCGCUGCUCUCUGCAACGACUCGAAGCUUGCGUACGAUGCCAAAUCUGGUGUCUAUUCUAUCAUCGGAGAGCCCACUGAAGGCGCUUUGCGAGUUCUGGCCGAGAAGCUGGGCCCUACCGCACCGGAAAAUGCUUCACCCGACACCCUCCUGCAUCACGCCAGUGCUCACUACGAGAGGAGCUGCCCUAGACUUGCUACGUACGAAUUCUCUCGGGACCGUAAAAGCAUGUCAGUUCUUAUUCAGAAUGGCAAGGAGCAAAAGCUACUCGUCAAAGGUGCCCCCGAGACUGUCCUUGAACGUUGUUCCCAUGCCCUUGUCGGAGCGGAUGGUAAGCGGAAGCCGUUGGACCGGUCGCUCGCUGAGCUCAUCUUGAAGGAGAUCACCGAGUACGGUAACCAGGGUUUGCGUGUCAUUGCCCUCGCCAGCGUCGACAAUGUGAGUGGCCAUCCCCUUCUGAAGUCGGCCAAGUCGACGGCCGAAUACGCCCAGAUUGAGCAAGACAUGACUUUUCUGGGUCUUGUUGGCAUGUUGGAUCCUCCUCGGGUGGAGGUUGCCGCUUCGAUUCGGAAGUGCAGAGACGCGGGCAUUCGUGUCAUUGUGAUCACUGGAGACAACCGCAACACGGCUGAGAGCAUCUGCCGUCAGAUUGGCGUCUUCGGUCCGGACGAGGACCUCAAGGGCAAGAGCUACACCGGGCGUGAGUUCGAUAACUUGUCGUCCCAGGAAGCCCUGGAAGUCGUCAAGACGGCCUCCCUCUUCUCUCGCGUUGAGCCCAGCCACAAGUCCAAGCUGGUCGACCUGCUCCAACAGCACGGCGAAGUGGUGGCCAUGACUGGUGACGGCGUCAAUGACGCGCCUGCUCUCAAGAAGGCCGACAUCGGCGUCGCUAUGGGCUCGGGCACCGACGUGGCCAAACUCGCCGCCGACAUGGUAUUGGCCGAUGACAACUUCGCUACCAUCGAAAUCGCCAUCGAGGAGGGUCGUUCCAUCUACAACAACACCCAGCAGUUCAUUCGCUACCUGAUCUCGUCCAACAUUGGCGAGGUCGUGUCCAUCUUCUUGACCGCCGCCAUCGGUAUGCCCGAAGCUUUGAUUCCCGUUCAGCUCCUUUGGGUCAACCUCGUUACCGACGGGCUUCCUGCCACGGCUCUGUCCUUCAACCCCCCUGACAACGACAUCAUGAAGCGCAAACCUCGCAAGCGUGACGAGGCCCUGAUCGGCGGUUGGCUCUUCAUCCGAUACCUCAUCAUCGGCACGUACGUCGGAUUAGCCACUGUGGCCGGAUACGCCUGGUGGUUCAUGUACAAUCCCGAGGGACCCCAGAUCACCUUCAGUCAGCUGACUCGGUUCCAUCGCUGCUCCACCGAAUUUCCGGAAAUCGGCUGCCAGAUGUUUAACAACGAUAUGGCCAAGUCGGCCACGACCGUCUCCCUGUCGAUUCUCGUCGUCAUCGAGAUGCUCAACGCCAUGAAUGCGCUGUCCUCUAGCGAGUCUCUGCUUACCCUCCCCCUCUGGGAGAACAUGAUGCUUGUCUAUGCCAUCUCACUCUCCAUGGCUCUGCACUUUGCUCUGCUCUAUACGCCGGUCUUGCAACAGUUGUUCUCGAUUCUUCCCUUGAGCUGGUUGGAAUGGAAGGCUGUUCUCUGGAUCAGUGCGCCUGUCAUCUUGAUUGAUGAGUGUCUCAAAUUCAUUGAGCGGAGAUUCUUCAUGCAGUCGGCACAUGUAGAGCGGAUUGAAGCAAAAAAGAACAAGUAGACGAGGCCCAAAUACACGUGUAUGUAGACGGUCACUUUAGUUAAAAAUCGAUAGACGAAUCUAGCACAUAGCAUUAUAUACAGUCCACUCCGUCAAAGGAGAGGGAUAUGCUGGGCAAUGUUGGCGAAGUCCUGCCGAAGAGGCAUCAUGUCAAGGCGGGCGUCUGAUUCUUGGUAAUCUCGUCGUUCAACGCGAAAGCGUGAUAGAUACCGUCAGUUCUAUUGUGAUCGACGGCGCGUUCUGUUGGUACCGACGGUAAAAACUGUUAAAUAGUCCCCUUCCGGGAACGGACCAGCUAGCUGUAUGCCCGGAUAAUUUUCCCCG